GAUGGAUCGAUUGGAGAGCCUGCCUGCCUGCCUCUCCAGCCACGUGGGGGCGAAGCGGCUGCUGGACUGCGCCCUGCUUUUGCGCCCUCGAUCCUGAUCAGGCUCGCUCCGGAUCCCACCAGCAGGAUUUCAUCUCAGUGGCAAAACAGAUGAAGGGCUGAACGGCGAUGUGAAACCCUCAUCGUUUCAGAGACGCUUUUUUUUCCUCCGGAUAAAAUCUGGUUUGAUCUUGGUUGGGCAUUGCUCUAAAAUGGCCAACUUAGUUGCCACGGACUUUUACUUGCAAACACUGGCAAAGAAGAUUUGCACCCAGGAACUCCGUGAACUGCCGAAAAGAAAGUUUGGAGUGCCUGGAAGCAAGCUGAGGGACGAGAGCACCGGGAAAAAGAAGAAGAAGAAGAAGAAGAAAGAAAAAAACCAGAAAAAGAAAAAUACAGUAGAGGGUUCUAGGAGCAAAUUCAGCCAAGCGUCGCCAGCCAAACCAGCAAGCUCUAAUGCUAAGAAGCCAGGGUCAGUUACUGCAAUCACAUGCGCAGAAGAAAGAAAUGGGAAAGAAAUCUCAGUAACACCUGGCAUUACAGGGAAUAAAAAGGCACCUGACACGAAUUUCGCAAUGGAUUUCUUGCGGCAGAGGCUGCACAACAAAAUUGAAGAAAUAUCUGGGAAGGCUGGUGCCAAAGCUCUGUCACCCACCGUGCUGGAGAAGCGCCAGCGAAGGAAAUACGAACGAGAGAGAAAGAAACGCCGGAGGAAAGAGAUCAGAAUGAAGGAGAAAUUAGAGAAGGAAACAGCAGAAGAGGAGGAGGCGUCCGCCGUGGUUUCGGAGACCCAGGAGGCGGAGAGCAAACCUGACAUCUUGUUUAACAAAGUGGAGGUCCAUGCAGAAGAGGAGCUGAACAAAGUGAAGAAGAAGGAGGAUAAAAGAAAAUCCAUCAAAGGCAACAUAACACCACUGACCGGCAAGAAUUAUAAGCAACUCUUAAACCGGCUGGAAUCUCGGAAAACCCAGCUGGAAGAGUUGAAGGCCAAAGAUGAGGAGAAGGCUAAGGAGUUGGAGGCAAAGAUGCAAUGGACCAAUGUCCUUUAUAAGGCAGAAGGUGUGAAGAUCCGCGAUGACGAAGAGAAGCUGAAGGCCGCCCUGAAACGCAAGGAGAAGCGCAAGGCCCAGCGUCAGAGGAAGUGGGAAAAGCGGACAGAACAGGUGGUAGACCGAAUGCAGCAACGGCAAGAGAAACGUCGCAAAAACAUCCAGCAGAAGAAGCUGGCCAGGAUCGAGAAGAAGAAGGCUAAAGCUCGGAAGAAAGGACGCAUCCUUCCUGAAGAUCUCAAGAAAGCUGGCCCUAACCGAAAUUGAGUUUUUUUUUAUUAUUAAGUUUUUAUUAGUGUAUCAAAGUAUAAAACGCAACAAAAAAAAGAGACGUGGAAAACUGACUUGAGAUUUAACCCAAUUUAGGUUUGAAUGAACAAUGUGGUGGACGUUAGAGAAUCCGCAAAGAUUUUCCUCUGAGCUGAUGGGGUGUGGAGAUGAUGCAACCAAGUCUCUUUGGGUCAAUCCUGGGUUUGAGGAGGACCUCAAGGGUGGCAGAUUCUUCUUUCUGAAGUCUCUCAACCAAAGUUGAGUCAUUGGAUUGCCUCUUUCCAACUGUUACCAAAUGAUUGUUUCCUGUUUUAGGGAGUGAAGACUUGAAAUUAAGUAGAAUCGUGGGGUGAAAGGAUGACAUUUAUCCUCUUAAUCUGGGAAAUAAAUUGAAUAAAUUGAAGCAAGGAGGGGGAUCAUUAAACAUUCUAUCCUGGUCUGCAUUCUCAGCUUGGUUGGUGACUUAAUUUGGUAUUUGGAACUGUUUGAAUUUGAAAUUUGAAUUUGAAUUUGAAAAUUGAAUUUGAAUCCAAUUGCCAAGAUUUGUACAAUGUGUUGAAAAGUAAACAAAACUGGACAUUAA